AUGACGUCACUCCCGACAGCUCUCAGCAGCAGCGGCGGCGGGGGGAAGGUGGUACUGGUGGGGGUGCGACUGCACCAGCCGAACGCGAAUCUGCUGUGGGGCGGCGGCAGCAGCAGCAGCAGCGGCGGCGGCGCGGCAAUCUCGAGGGAGGGGCAGGCGCUGGUGGAGUUCACCCUCGCGAGGCUUGUGGUGCCUGGGGAUCGCAUUGUCGCCAUGGCUGUCCGAAUUGUGCGCGCCCCACAGACCUCAGGUGCGUGCUGCCCCACAGUCCUGAGGCGCGGCAAUCUCGAGGGAGGGGCAGGCGCUGGUGGAGUUCACCCUCGCGAGGCUGGUGGUGCCCGGGGAUCGUAUUGUCGCCAUGAUUGUCCGAAUAGUUCGCUCCCCGCAGACCUCAGGUUCGUUCACUCACCCCCCCCCCCCAGCAGUCCUCUGGCGCGGCGCCCCCAGCAGUCCCCAGACGCGCCCCCCCCCCCCAGCAUUCCCCAGGCGCGCGCCCCCCCAGCAGCUCUCAGGGAACACAUGCUGGCAGCCCUGCACCCCAAGUCCGAGGUGGUGGCUGCCAAGCAGGUGGGGACGGGGGGAAGCAGAGCAGGUGAGAGGGAGGGGGUGGAGCAGUCGAAAGAGGAGGUCGUCAUGUGCUCCAGGUCGUCAUGUGCUCCAGGUCGUCAUGUGCUCAUACCCCUGAAAUCAUGCUCCUCUGCUGCACGAGGCAAAGCUGUUGCAGACAGGCAGGCCGAGUUGAGGCAUCAUCCAUUGUUUCCCACACCGCACCGCACCGCAUUCCGCCCCUCUCCACCAGAUUGCUCUCCAAGUCGACGUGCGCUCAUCACCUCAUGUGCGAGAUGCUCUGCUUCACGAGGCAAGGCUGCUGCUGCAGGCGGGCAGGCAGGCCAGGCGGGCAGGCAGGCCAGGCUGGCAGGCAGGCCAGGCUGGCAGGCAGGCCAGGCUGGCAGGCAGGCUAGGCUGGCAGGCAGGCCAGGCGGGCAGGCUGAGUCGAAGCAUCAUUCACAAUGCUCGGCACCGCAUUCCACUCCUCUCCACCAGAUCACUUUUGAAGGUGUCAUCGCUCUCCAAGUCGUGGUGCGCUCAGCCCCUCGUGUGCGAGACGCCCUGCUCUAUGAAGCAAAGCUGCUUAAGGCUUGUCUGGUGGUCAUAGGGCCCGUGAGACGCACCAUCACGCUUAUAGGUGGCAGUGCCGGUUCUGACGUGGACAUGAUGACGUUUCUUGCCGACCGGCUGCCGGCCAGCUGCAAGAUCAUGCUCGUCUCAAAUAAUGCCUGCUCCGCUACAAGACAAGGGAAAGUGCCUGUUCCGCCUACCUCCCCCCAAUCUCCGCGGAUAGACCCAGGGGGAGGGGGAGGGGGGAGUGGCAUGGGGGAAGGAGGAGGGGGGAGUGGCUUGGGGGGAGGGGGAGCGGGGCAGGGGUCAGGGGGACAUGGAGGGGGGUCUGAUGGGGGCGGUGGGGUAUUGAAUGGGGGAGGAAGCAGAGGAGCAAUGGGGGGAGGGAUGGGGGGAGGAAUGGGGGGAGGGGGGGUUAUGGGGGGAGGGGGAGGGGACAGUGGUGGGGGUUGGCAGCAAUGUCCCAGAUCUCCCCGAUCCCAAUCCAACGGCCAGGAUUUCUUCGCCCCUCCCCCAUCCCCAGUCCCUCCUGCCCCGCCGACCGAAAUCAUUCGGGAAGUUUACGGGCAGGACGAGUACGGGCAGCAGGAAUUUUACCUUGACGAGCUCCUAUUGGCCACGGAUAAUUUCUCUCCGCAGAGAUUGAUCGGGGAGGGCGGCAGCGGUCAGGUGUUUGUGGGGAUGCUUCCACCUGGCAGGUGCCCUCAGGGGGAGGCGCAGCAGGGGGGGGCGCAGGGGGGGGGGAGCGGCAGUGGUGUGGCCAGUGGGGGCUGUCGGAAGGUAGCGGUGAAGAGGCUACGGUGGUGGGGGCCGGCUGUAGCGGACGUGCAGGGGGCGGCGAACGCUCGGCAGUUUCUGGCAGAGCUGCGCGUGCUGCGGCGGAUUCGCCACCCCAGCCUGCUGGGGCUGUUGGGGGUGUGCGCGACAGCGGGGGAGCUGCUCAUGGUGUUCGAUUUCCUGCCCAAUGGGUCCCUGGAGACAAGGCUGAGAGAUCAUACAAAGCCGCCGCUACCUUGGGAUUUGCGCAUGCGCAUCGCGUGUGAGGCGGCCACCGGGCUGGCCUUCCUGCAUGCGUGCCGGCCGCCCAUCAUCCAUCGCGACGUGAAAGCGGCAAACGUGCUGCUGGAUGCCAACAUGCACGCCCUGGUGUCAGAUUUUGGCCUGGCCAAGGUGGCGUCGGACCAGUACACCCAGCCCAUGGCGGUUACCAGCAUCAUGGGCACCAGAGGCUACGUGGCGCCAGAGUACGUGCAGACAGGGCUCAUAACAGCAGCAAUAGACGUGCCUUGCUACGUGGCACCAGAGUACGUGCAAACAGGGCUUAUAACAGCAGCAAUAGACGUGUAUGCGUUUGGAGUCAUUCUCUUCGAGCUUAUAACGGGUCAUGUGCCCUUCCAUCUCGGCAGGCAGCCCCCCAACCUCUCUGCCUGGGCCAUCCCCAUCGCCAACAAUGAGGAGUUCACUCGCCUCGUAGAUUACCGCCUCGAGGGCCGCUUUGACCCCGCGCAGCUGCAGGCAGUGUCCAUGCUGGCCGUGCUGUGCCUCGCCUCCAACCCCAAGCACAGACCGACAAUGGACCAGGUGCGUUACUUGCACAAGGAGGAAAGAGGAAUUGAGGGGCUUGUUUGA